GAACCGACGCGGUUCACUGUUUACUACUCGAGUACUUCGAAGAAAGUACUCGGACUAGUAAGCUUAGUAUGUCGGACAUUGAAUACGACGAUGACUUCGAUGCCGACGCAAGCACGAGUCCAACUAAGCUACUAGUGGCCGUGGAACCACCAGCCCAUUCAUUAGCAGAACAUAGCUAUGGGUACUCCACCGAUGACUUCGACGCAAGUGUUGGCGACGAUGGCAAACCUCCGCGUGACGACAACGCUAUGCCCGCUGCUCCUCAACACCACGACGCACCAUCCAUUUCGACCGCGCCAUUGCCGACUGCGCAUGCACAUACCGAAGAUUCAGACCAGAACAUGGACACGUAUUCCACCGACCCAAGUGAAACCCACAUGGACCAACCAGCAAAAACAGUGGCCCCAACCACAGUCAUCGACAUGAGCGUCGACUACGCACGAAGUUCGUUUGAUGACGACCACGCAGUCCAGAGAGAAAAUCUUGCGGUAUAUCGACGGGGCAAUGUCUUUCCAGAUCAUAUCGACGCUGCAAGCUCCCCCUACGUGCCAACAAUCGACCUCGUUGUACCUUCCGCUUCCAAACCACCUCCGUUGGAGCCUCCAAUGCCAUUCGCGCUCCCAAAUCAUGUGACCGCAAUGCAAUCAACCUUGGAAUCGCACAGCCAGCCACGUCCUGCAGUGGACGACACGUUGCACAUUAUUCCGAAACAAGGACAUCCGCUGCACGAAAUAUUUGACACCUUGGCAAACAUCGAAAGAGCAAAGCCACCACAUGCCAAUCACGCCCCCAACCUCAGCACUUCCGCGCCCCACUCGACCAACACUCGUCGGAGCAAGGGCAAACGACAUAGCAACGAUGACUUGCUUUGCCAUCUCGUCAUGUCGCUCGCAGCACAGCCAAAGCCCCGCCUUGUCGACAAGGCCACCGUGGCUACGCAAACGGUCGCGCCAACCUCCAAUACUGACAUUCCACCGGUGAAGGGGACUGUGGAUCCGGCAAUCGCCAUGGCGUUCAAUGAGCAGUACAUCCAGUUCAUUCAGCACUUGGCACAGAAAGGCCGCAGUGUCAACCAGCUUCCCCCUCGCGAGGCGGACGCUGCGACUCUAGGUAUGCACCGUGUAGAGAACGCUUUGCACGCGACCGUGUGCCAAGUGUUUUCGAAUCCGAAAAUGAUUGCCACGAUCCGUGAUAUUGUGUUCCAGAAAUUGCAACACCCCAACUCGUCAGCUUGACGUUGUCUGCUGCCCUCCAUGAAUUAUUAACGUCAAGUUGCCUCUUGGUAUUGACAUGACGUACUAUUACUGAAGUAAUACGUAUAGUACUAUAUUAAUAGUAAUCGUUUAUUAUAAAAUUAAAACAGCUCCC